CAUCCGCAAAAACCAGUUUUUCUGUUUAUCCAAUCAUUUUUCUUCCGGUCUUAAGCUUGGUUAGCUUCUCUGCCAUACUGUAUUCACAAAGAACAAUGAUCCCGACUGAUUGGUUUUUCUUUUAUUUGGGCAUUUGAUGACAACAAUCGAGAGCGCAUUCCACUUCUGCGAUUUUAUCAAGUUAUGAAGUUUUAGAAAUUGAUUUUAAUAUAAGAGAUUUCAUCUUUUACUUAUGAAAAUGAGUUUGAAAUUAAACAUGAUUUCACCCCCAUCAUCAUUGCCAGAUACUUCAUUAUUUGGCUCUCCUGUCUUAGAUUCUUUGGAUGAUCAAAUGCCAUAUGAGCCUCCUAGUACAAAAUGUAGCAUUUGCCGUGAGACUUUCAAAGAUCCAAAAGUUUUGAUCUGCCUUCAUACCUUCUGUCAACAAUGUCUAGAAAGAGUUCAAGACAGUCCUGAAAACAUUACUUGUCCUAAAUGUAAAAGAGAUUGUGCUUUGCCUAUUCAAGGAGUUGCAGGUCUUCACACCGAUUACGCUGUCUCUAAUUUAGUUGGUGGAUCUUCCACAAAUUCGAAUUCACCGCUACCUUGCACUGGCUGUAAAAAUAAGGAAUCUAAUGCCGUUGCAAGAUGCGUUGAUUGUAAUAAUUUUUUAUGCUCUAAUUGUGUCACAGCCCAUCGAUACAUGCAUUGUUUUGAAGGUCAUGAAGUCAGAUUCCUAAACCCACAUGGUUGUGAUGACAUGAUCAGCGAGAAGAUGGUUUGUUGUCCCCGUCAUGAGAAUGAAAUGUUAAGAUUUUUUUGUAAAACUUGCAAUGAGCUCAUUUGUCAAGAAUGUGCACUAAUUGAUCACUUGAAAGGCUCUCACGAUUUUGAUAAUAUAUCGGAUAUUGGUCCAAAGCAAAUCCAACUUAUAUCGGAGCUUACAGAGAAAUGUAGAGAAAAGGCUCAAGAAUACAGAUAUAUAGGCAAGAUGGUCAACACUUUUGAAUCUCGUUUAGAUAUGCAGCUUCAAAAAGCUAAAGGUGAGGUUACUGAAGCUUAUAACUUUUAUUGUAAUAUGUUGACUGAGCGUAAAACUGAAAUCUUGAAGCAACUUGAAGAUAUUUAUAACACAAAGAAGGUGGGAUUGCAUUUGCUUUCUAAUAGCACUCAAGAAAUUGUCGAAAAUAUCGAUAAAGUUAUUUCGUUUGUCGACAGAAUUACUAAGUACUCGAGUAUGACAGAAAUUUUGACCUUCAAAGGGCUUAUUGAUUCAAAAUUGCAGUAUACUGUAGGGUUGAUGCCUGAUCCUGUUCAUGAAGUCAAUCUUGAAUUCAUAUCCAACUUCCAAGCUAUUGAGGCAGCUGUACGAAAUACUUUUGGUUAUAUCAAGCAUGACUCAAUUGAUUCAUCACCAAGAAAUCAUUUGCCUCAGCCUAUUGCAAGACCAAAUAGUACUGUCAACUCUGUUAAUAUUGAUUGCUCCUAUCAAAACGGGCAUAUUUUUGAUCCAAUCCCUGCAAAAAAGUUUGGUUCCACUACUAGUUUAGGUCCUUUUACUCAUAGCCUGAGUGAUAUCACACCUUAUGAAAAAUGGUCUAGUGGCUCUACAGAUAUCUUACAAAAUGGAACCCAUGAUUUUUCUUUAACGGUCAAUGGCCCGACUAUGGAUUUGGCAAACAAGUACAUUUCUCCUGGAAUGUAUCCUGUGAAGUCUCAAAUAAAACGGCAAAAGAUGAUUUAUCACUGCAAAUUUGGGGAAUUUGGUGUUAUGGAAGGACAAUUCACAGAGCCAAGUGGAGUGGCAGUUAAUGCACAGAAUGAUAUUAUUGUUGCCGAUACCAACAAUCACCGAAUUCAAAUUUUCGAUAAGGAAGGCAGAUUCAAAUUUCAAUUUGGGGAAUGUGGAAAGCGUGAUGGUCAACUGCUAUAUCCAAAUAGAGUUGCUGUAGUAAAGAAUUCUGGGGAUAUUAUUGUUACAGAGAGAAGUCCCACACACCAAAUUCAGAUUUAUAAUCAGUAUGGUCAAUUCGUUAGAAAAUUUGGCGCAAAUAUUCUUCAACAUCCUAGAGGCGUAACUGUUGACGCCAAAGGGCUUAUCAUUGUUGCUGAGUGUAAAGUUAUGAGAGUUAUAAUAUUUGAUCAAGAAGGAAAUGUCAUGCAUAAAUUUGGAUGUUCAAAGCACUUGGAGUUUCCUAAUGGUGUUGUGGUAAAUGACAAGCAAGAGAUAUUUAUUAGCGACAAUAGAGCUCAUUGCGUUAAAGUAUUUGAUUAUGAAGGUCAUUUUCUUAGACAGAUUGGGGGUGAAGGUUUAACGAAUUAUCCUAUUGGCGUCUGCAUUAAUACCCAUGGAGAAAUACUCGUGGCUGACAAUCACAACAAUUUUAACAUAACAGUAUUUACUCAAGAUGGUCAGCUGGUUAGCGCUUCAGAGAGUAAAGUCAAACAUGCUCAAUGUUUUGAUGUAGCCCUCAUGGAUGAUGGCUCUGUUAUUCUUGCUAGUAAAGAUUAUCGUCUUUACAUCUAUCGCUACAUGCAAAUUCCGAGUAUCGGUAUUUAAAGGAUUCUCAUUACGCAAGUUGUUGUAUUUGAUGUUAUUCAACCAUUUUACUAAAGGUCCCAUUAAAAUAAAUUUUUCGACUGCAAUAAUCGUUUUCGUAAAUUGGCGAUAAGAUACUGCUAUUCAGGAGUUUGAUUAUAGUGAGUUUUCUAACUGCAUUGUUUCAAAGGAUGUAAUUCUGUAAUCAUGCAGUUAAUUUUAAAGCAGCUUGCAUAGAAGAGGGAGAUGUAACUUAUAAUUUUUAUCUGUUUUCAAUUCCUUUAUAAUUUCAAUAACAAGGAAAUUUUUAACUAGUAAUAAAAAUAGUUAAGCAUCAAGUUGAAAUAUACCAUAGCUUUCUAGAUGUGCACUGUUUUGUAAAAAGCAUUGUUAUGCUAAAAAACACAGUAAAAUGUUAAGUUAUUUUGAAAUGUCCUAUAACUGGCCCUAGUCAAAAUAGUCAUCAACUUCUUCCAUUGUUUGCUAUUGCCUAUUUUUAUGCUAUGUUAAGAUAUAGCAACUGUUUAUUUGUUUAAACAAGACAUAAAAUUUUCAGAAGAAAAAAAAAACGAAAAAAAAAGCCAAAGAUAAGCUAUGUAACAUUUUUCCUGUGAUAUCUUUAAAGAUUGGGGCCACUUGUUAAAAACAAUUGUUGAACUCUUUGCCAGUCUGAAUUUCAUGCCUUAAACAAAUAGAAAAAAAAAUGCUUGAAUUACAGCAUCUACCUUUGCCUUUGUGAUUCGUAUCACACUAAGACUGUUCUCUUCCAAUCUGUGCAAGCAUUUUUCUCCCUUCUCCCCAUCCUUUUUAGGAUUUUACAAAGUGUGUUUAACAUGGGUGCCAAUUUCCCUAUUAGUUUUUAAAUUUUGUGUUUUCAAAGUUUUCUUUGUAUCAGGAUUACAAGUUUUUAUAACCGUGGCCUAUGAAAAUCUGCAUAUAGCUUGUCACUGCAUGAAGUUGCGAGUAUUUUCUUAUUUUAAUGUUCAUGAUUGGGUUUUAAAUUAAAACAUUUUAUAAGUA